AUGACGGCACGCUACACUGGCGAGAUUGGGACAGAAGUGCCCGACCCAUCGACUCUACUCUCUUCCAAAGACAAGAUCUUGUUGAAACGUCGAGUCUUUGCUCUCAAGCGGAACUCCCUUCCACCGGUUGUCACUCACAACAUGGCCGAUGAUAGUGCAGACCCUAUCCUCAAUCAAAUCCGUCGCGUUCAACUCUUCAAUGGUAGUCACGAUUGCGUGAAAGUCAUCUUCCAUCCAGAUUUCUUGAACUCUAAUAAUCCCAUCCUCGGCUUGGAUUACGAGGAAUUUUACUCACUAUUUGCGUUUUUAUAUUCUCUUUCGGUGAGUCAAACCUCAUCUAACCCUUUGGUCGAACUGAGGACACAUGACACGCUCCGCUCCAGCCCAUCAUCCAUGCCCCGGAAAGCUUUAGAAAAAUAUAACAUUAUACCUCCUGGCCGGCGAGGUUGUACGACCUCGCCGGCCAGGAGGGAAUCCUCUUGGUCGACGAGGUUGUACAACCUCGCCGGCCAGGAGGGAGUCCUCCUGUUUGGCGAGGCUGUACAACCUCGCCGACCUGGAGGGAAUCCUCCCGGCCGGCGAGGUUGA